AUGGAAAUCUCGAAUAUUGCUCACAAACUGCCAAAUAAGCACAAGAGGCGUAUCUACAGGGGUUUGUCAAAAAAUACGGACAAGACUCUUCAAACCAUAAAUAUGAUGCGGGGGUAUGGGAGGAAACCCAACUUAGGAGAAAAUGAAAGAAGAAGAGUGAUAUCUACGACAUCGGAGCAUCAGAUAUACGUUUUGUGGUUUCUUGGACACCAUCUUCCCAAUCCACCCAAUCAGAUAGUACACAGCAAGAGGUUGCGUGCACAAGUUUCUACCAUGGAACAACAACAACAACAAAUGAAAGAACAAAUGGAAAUGGUUUUGAGGAUGAUGAAUAUGUCUGGAAAUCAACCCCGUGCUCCCCCCGAUAAUCCACCUGAGGACAAUUGA